UCUGUCUUUCUUAUUUUCUUUUUAUAUUUAUAUCUGAAUCCAAAUUUUGAAUCAAAUCCUACCAAUUUCAUUGUUAAUCAACUCCUUGCAUACAGAGAAACAAUGGCUACCCACACCACCAUUCUGCCAAUUCUCCUCUUCUUUAUCCUUUCUUCUUCAUCAAUCCUUUGUUCUUCAUUAGACCAAGCUCAUCUCAUGGUGCUUCAGACACUCAACAAUGUCACAGACCACGCCUCUCUUCUCUCCUUCAAAUCUUAUAUCACCAACGAUCCACAUAACGCGUUGUCUGGCUGGAAUACAAGUAGUUCCUUCUGCACUUGGAAGGGAGUGACCUGCAACUCCACAACACAAAGGGUUGUAGCCAUUGACCUCUCAAAUCUCGAUCUUCAAGGCUCUAUCACUCCCCGUGUCGGCAAUCUCUCGUUUCUUCAGGCUCUGUAUCUUCAAAACAACAGCUUUCGAGGAAACAUUCCUUCAGAGGUAGGGAAUUUGUAUCGCUUGCACACGCUCAAUUUGAAUACUAAUCUACUCCAAGGAAGCAUUCCUUCAUCGAUCGGCCUCUGUUCGAGUCUUACAGCUCUUGAUCUCUCCAGUAACAGACUUGAAGGAGUAAUUCCAAGCCAAUUGGCAGGUCUUUCCAAAAUUCGGAAUCUCAGCGUGGGUGAUAAUCAUCUCACUGGAACCAUUCCUCCUUCUCUUGGUAACCUCUCUUUCAUGGAGAAUCUGAUCUUGUUCAAGAACAGCAUUAGAGGAGCACUGCCAUCAGAAUUAGGCCAGCUUCACAAACUGUUGAAGUUACAGGUGGGUCAAAAUAAUAUAACAGGAGAGAUUCCAUCUUCAAUAUUCAAUCUAUCUUCUUUAGUGGAGUUGGGAUUAGCAUCAAAUUUGAUCUCAGGAAGCCUCCCCACCAAUUUGUUCUCUACUUUGCACGAACUGAAUACCCUUUUUGUGGGCGGCAAUGCACUUGUUGGAUCAAUACCAGCUUCUCUAUCAAAUGCUUCCAUGCUCCAGCGCCUCGAUUUGGGCUAUAACAGUUUUAGUGGACAGAUUCCCCACUUGGGUAACUUGCCUAGAAUUCAAAUUUUAAGUCUGCAGUAUAAUCAGCUAAUCAAUAGUGGCAGAGGUGGCAUGGAUUUCGUCAAAUCGCUGUCAAAUUCAACUCAACUUCAAGUGUUCUCUGUAGCUGGUAAUCGGUUAACUGGUAUGCUUCCUUCAUCCAUCGGCAACCUUUCAAGUCAGUUAUCUCUUAUGGUCUUUGCAGAAAAUGAGUUGGAGGGGAGCAUACCAGAGGAAAUAGGUAAUUUGAAUGGCCUCACCUUGUUAUCUUUGGAAUACAAUGCCUUCUCUGGAAGUUUUCCAGAUUCAAUUGGUAAAAUUCCCAAUCUGCAGCAGGUCUUUGCAGAUGGGAACAUGUUUGAUAGAUCGAUACCAGAAUCACUAGGCAAUCUGAGUCUACUUUUUCAUGUAAGCCUGAGCCAGAACAACUUUACUGGAAGAAUUCCAUCAAGCCUUGGCAACUGCAAGAGCCUCACAAUGCUUGAUCUUUCAGUUAACAACCUCAGUGGCGAUAUACCAAAGGAAAUUCUUAACAUACCUUCAUUUGCACAAGUGCUGAAUCUCUCAUGGAAUUCCCUGAGUGGGUCUGUGCCUGCAGAAAUUGGGACUAUGAAAGCCAUUUCGCAGAUAGAUUUGUCGGCCCAAUUCCCAAUUCCCAAUUCUCUUGGUAAUUUGAAGGGUAUGGAGUACCUCGACCUCUCAUCUAACAAAUUAUCUGGCAAGAUUCCAGCUUCACUGCAAUCUCUUAAAUUUCUGAAGUUCAUGAACCUGUCCAUGAAUGAUCUCCAAGGAGAAGUGCCUAAAGCAGGCAUUUUUAUGAAUCUGACUUCAGCAUUCCUCAUGGGAAAUGACAAGCUAUGUGGUGGCUUGCCACAGUUGAAGCUACCCAACUGCACUAUUCCUAGAAGACAUUCCAAUGGUACCAAGAAAAAUCUGAUUAUUGCACUGACUGCUUCUGCCGCAUCUCUCAUUUCAUUUUCCUUAUUCAUUGUGUUGAUAAUGAUGUGGAGAAAGAAACAAGCCAGUCUCUCCCAAUCUGAUGUCGUGAUAUCAUUUGAAGGACCUCAUCGGAUGUAUACAUAUUUCGACCUCAGAAACGCUACGAACAACUUUUGUUCUGAAAACUUAAUUGGUGAGGGGAGUUUUGGUUGUGUUUACAGAGGGCUCAUGCGUGAUGGAAGUCAUGUCGCUGUCAAGGUGUUCAACAUAGAACAGCACGGCGCCGGCAAGAGCUUCACAGCAGAAUGCGAGGCUCUCCGCAACGUCCGGCACCGGAACUUGGUCAAGAUCUUGACUGCAUGUUCAAGUAGUGAGUUCAAGGCUCUGGUUCUGCAGUUCAUGUCAAAUGGCAGUUUGGAGAAAUGGCUCCACAGUAAAUCAAUUGAGAAGUUGCAGAGAUUAGAUUUUAAGCACAGGAUUGAGAUAGCAAGAGAUGUAGCAAGUGCAAUGGAGUAUCUUCACCAUGACUGUGAAAACCCGAUAGUUCAUUGUGAUCUCAAGCCUAGCAACGUUCUUCUUGAUGAAGACAUGGUUGCACAUGUGGGGGACUUUGGGCUUGCAAGGCUGUUGCCUAAUCCUACAGAAGUUCAUGGAUAUAUUAGCAGCACUCUUGGAUUGAAAGGCUCUAUUGGCUACAUACCCCCAGAAUAUGGACAGGGGCUUGGAGUGUCUACAAGGGGAGACGUCUAUAGCUAUGGGAUUCUGUUGCUGGAGAUGUUCACUGGGAAAAGACCAACAGACGAUCUGUUCAAAGAAACUUUGAGUUUGCAAAAAUGGGUGUCCCAAGCAUUCCCCGAUGGAGUUUAUGAGGUUGCAGAUACCGAGUUGCUGAUGAAGGAAGGUGGCCUGAAGAAAGAAACACUGGUCUCAGUCUUCCAGGUGGGUUUGCUAUGCACAGCUGAAGCGGCAGAAGAUCGACCCGACAUGCGACAAGUGUCGGCAAUGUUGAAGCACAUUGCCGAAUGA